AUGCUUAGUCCAAAAAAAACCAGAUUCCGUAAACAACAUAGAGGAAGAAUGAAAGGAAUAUCCUCUCGAGGUAAUCAUAUUUGCUUCGGUAGAUAUGCUCUUCAAGCACUUGAACCCACUUGGAUCACAUCUAGACAAAUAGAAGCAGGGCGGCGAGCAAUGUCACGAAAUGCCCGCCGCGGUGGAAAAAUAUGGGUACGCAUAUUUCCAGACAAGCCGGUUACAGUAAGACCUACAGAGACACGUAUGGGGUCAGGAAAAGGAUCUCCCGAAUAUUGGGUAGCUGUCGUUAAACCCGGUAGAAUACUUUAUGAAAUGGGCGGAGUCACAGAAAAUAUAGCCAGAAAGGCUAUUACAAUAGCAGCAUCCAAAAUGCCUAUACGAACUCAAUUCAUUAUUUCGGCAUAA